AUGAAUGGGAGGAGUCUCAUGAACUCAAACGAAGAAAAUAAGGACGAGUUUCAUUUGGAUAGAGAUUAUUCUCUGCCGAUUUUGACUAUGUUCACCUCAUGGGUGCCUUCGAAAGAAAAAUAUCUAUGCAGAAACACGACAGUUUUGAAUUGGAGGAAGUUUGAACCGUAUAUUACCCCGAUACUGUUUACCAAUAUCACGGAUCUGAAACAGAGAGUGGAACAAAAAGGCUGGAAAACACUACCGGUCAUUAAAACAAACAGCGCUAUACCGGUGCUGAAACACAUGUAUCUAAUGGCUAGCGCCCAUUUCAAAUCCACGUUUUAUGCAUACGCAAAUGGCGACAUUUUAUUUACAGAAUCUUUAUUCAAAACAAUGAUAGCUGUUGUACGAUGUUUCGAAGGACAAAAUAAGACGAUUCUUAUAGUCGGUCAGAGAACAAAUGUGAAAAAUAUUUCAAAGUUGCAGGCGGUAAGUUUUGAUUCUCUUCGGAGGAUUUCUGCAGAGAGAGGAUCACUGUUUACACCUUGGGGUGUAGAUUUUUUCAUAACUUCGGCGAAUUACCCGUGGAAGAAGAUGCCCGAUGUAGUGAUUGGCAGAGUUGCUUACGACAAUUUUAUCAUAUUAGAGUCCAUACGACGAAAUGUUGUGGUUAUCGAUGCUACAAGAACGUUAUUGGCAGUGCAUCAUACGACAAAGAGUGGUAAUUUUGAAGGUCAUAGCAAACCUAACGGUUCCCUCAAUUACGUCAUAAUUAAUCAUUACUACAGCAAUACGCACGUUGAUUUUGCUAAAGGACAAGUGAUAUGUUCCAAUUAUUUCUCGGACUAUUUAAAAAACGGAACAAUUGUUAUCAACAAGAAAACCGUACCACCGUGUUGA